AUUUCCGAACCAGAGUCGAAAAUUGUAGAAUCUCGCGAAGAGUGCCAGCCUGGUCUUACCCUCCCCUUCCCGAACCCUUUGACCUCAUCGACAAGUCAGCCAACGUUCGCAUUCAAUACCGCCAAUAUGCGCACGUACGACGACACGUUCUCCGGACAGAGAAUCUACCCUGGAAAGGGUAAGCUCUAUGUCCGCGGUGACUCCAAGAUCUUCCGUUUCCAGAACGGAAAGUCCGAGUCCCUCUUCCUCCAGCGCAAGAACCCCCGCCGCAUUGCCUGGACCGUUCUGUACCGUCGCCAGCACCGCAAGGGUAUCUCUGAGGAGGUCGCCAAGAAGCGCACCCGCCGCACCGUCAAGGCCCAGCGUGCCAUCGUCGGUGCUUCCCUCGAUGUGAUCAAGGAGAAGCGCUCCAUGCGCCCCGAGGCCCGCUCCGCCGCCCGCGCCGCCGCCAUCAAGGAGUCCAAGGACAAGAAGAACGCCGACGCCGCCGCCAAGAAGGCCGAGAAGGCCAAGACCGCUGCCGCCGGUGGCAAGAAGGGCCCCAUCGCCUCCAAGCAGGGCUCCAAGGGCGCCGCUCCCAAGGUCCAGGCCCGUACCCGUUAAACAACACUUCUUUUUCUAGUCUUUCCGAGGAUGGGGAAAAAAUGGGUUUUUGAUAUGGAUGGGGCUUGUUUCUCUCUUGACAUGAUGAAAUAAAAAAAGAGUAAAAACAUUUCUCUGUCGAGACGGCGUGAGGCUGGUGACAUGCGGGAAGCAAGAGCAAAAGACAAGAACGGCCGAACCCAACCCCGGCCGAGGGUUUCUUUCCCCUCCCGGCUGGUGAGGGGAGGACCAAACUGUUUUCUAAGAGAGAAGGGAACGAACGCUUCUGACAACAAACGAUGUGGGCACAACACGACCAGGUUCAAAACUUAUUUGGAGUCGAGGGUUCAUUGUGCUUUGAACGGGACUUGGGGUUCUAUAACUACACAAUCACGGUAGCACGGAAUUGCAUGGAAUUGUCCCACGGGGGAUUCUUACCAA